CCAAAAGCAGAAAAAGAAUGAACAAUUGAACAGCUCGUAGCAGCCCAACCAGGAAAAAACUCGAAAUCUAGAACCGACCAUUUCACUACAUUUGUGGCUGCGAAGGAAAGAAUAGUAACUCGUAGUGGUCCAAUUUGGCCGAUUCAACACAUCCAUUUAACCUCUGCAACUAUGGUGAAACUUCAAACCUAUAGUGAUCACAUCCUCCACAUAUGGAUAAUGGAUUCUCUCGCCAUUCUUGCUUUGGCCAUCAUCCUCUGCCUCUCCUACUUCACCAUCAUCAAAACUCUCCGCCGCAGCCAAUCUGACAACCAACCGCGAUACCCACCGGAACCCACCUCCCGAUGGCCAGUCAUCGGCCAUCUCCCAGUCCUCGCCGGACCGGAGCUCCCCCACAGAGCACUCGCCGGGCUAGCAGACAAAUACGGCGCCGUAUUCUCCCUCCGCCUGGGAAUCAACCGCGUUGUGGUAGUCAGCAGCUCAGAAAUCGCCAAGGAAAUCUUCACGACCAAUGACACGGCCGUGAUCUCUCGCCCGGCAGUAACUGCCUCCAAGCUCUUCUCCUACAACUUCGCCAUGUUCGGGUUGGGCCCGUACGGAGAUUACUGGCGGGAAAUGAGGAAAAUAACGAUGAUCGAGCUUCUCUCAGCCCGCCGCAUGGAGCUUCUCCGGCGAUUCAGAGAAUCCGAAGUCCGGAAGUCGAUUAACCAUCUGUUUAAAGUAAUCGGGGAUAAUCCUGAAAUCGAUCUGAAGAAAUGGAUUGGCGAUUUGAGCCUUAACCUAAUGUUGCGAAUCAUAGCAGGGAAGAGCUCCUCUGCUUCCGACGGCGCCGUUCCCCUGAAGUUCAAGACCGCCGUGAGAGAGCUUUUCCACUACAUGGGGAUGUUUGUCGUGGGUGACGCUCUCCCGUUUCUGGGUUGGAUGGAUAUCGGCGGCCAUCAGAAGGAGAUGAAAAGGGCUUUCGGAGAAUUGGACGGGUACCUUCAGGAAUGGCUGAUUGAACACAAGAAAAACAGAGCAGAAAAAACAGAGCAUGAUUUCAUGGACGUUCUGCUCUCCGUUCUCGACGGUAAAUCUCUCCAUGGAUACGAUUCUGAUACGAUCAUCAAAGCCACGUCACUGAGCAUGAUUGCAGGGGGAACGGAUACGAGCACCGUCACGGUGACGUGGGCGAUCGCUCUUCUACUAAACAACCGGCACGUACUCCGCAAGGCUCAGGAGGAACUCGACGGCGUCGUCUCGAAGGAAAGAGCGGUGACAGAAGGGGACAUCGGGAAGUUAGUUUACCUGCAAUCAAUCGUCAAAGAGACGAUGAGGAUGUACCCGCCGGCACCUCUGUUGGCGGUGCGGGAGUUCGUCAGGGACUGCGACGUGGCAGGUUACAGGGUGCGGAAGGGCACCUGGCUGAUGGUGAAUGCGUGGAAGAUUCAGAACGACCCGAGUGUGUGGCCGGAGCCGACGAGAUUCGAGCCGGAGCGGUUCCUGACGGCGGAGUAUCGGGAUGUAGAUGUGAAGGGACAAAAUUUCGAGCUGUUCCCGUUUGGAAGCGGGAGGAGAGCUUGCCCUGGGACCAAUUUGGGGCUUCAGAUGGUGCAUUUGACGCUGGCGAGUUUUCUCCAUGCGUUUGAUUUCUCGACGGUUGGGGAUGAACCGGUGGAUAUGGCCGAGAGCUUUGGGCUGACGAACAUCAAGGCGACGCCGCUUUUGGUUGUGGCGAAGCCACGAGUGUCUCUAGAUGUUUAUGCGUAGUAUGAAUUCUUAAUGACGACGAUGGAUCCUUAUUCCAUAGUCCGACUCUGGCGCUUGAAAGUUUGGUAUAAGUAUUUGGGAUAAAUCGAAUAUUAUAUUCAUAUUGUAUUUGUCAAUUUUUGAUAUUAUCGAAUAUACAUAUUACUUCACCAUGCCAUUUACAACAGAAACAAGACCUGUAUCGAUCGAAAGAACGAAAAUCGAAUCAGAGCUUCUUCCAGAACCAGGAAUCUGAACUGUAACUAACCAUUUCGUCCAAACAUAUGGGACCAGGAAAAGCAAGAACAAUUCAAGGGACGUUCAGGACCCACGGCCUCUAACCUGACCACCAAAAUCGGCUGCAAGACCCUCACAAAGCUAACAAACCCAGCAAAACAAGAAACCUACUACAAGUCU